AAUCCCCAUUGAGCUCAGUCUGGACGAUGGUCCGAUGGAGCAUGGGCAGGGCGGUUGUGUGUGUUCUAGCUGGGUUGAUGGGAUGCCCGAACGCCGAGAGUGUAACGAUGGAUCAUCCGUCCUCCGCCGUGUUCUGGCCGUCUACGCUUGGUGAUGUGCUCACCAUCGAUGGACAAGGCGUACGAUCUACGGGAGAUAUGACAAUUGUGUUCGACUCCAACAUUUCGUUGGCCAACAAGACAAGGUGGCACCCGUCGAUGGACCAAGUGGAUGUGAGCGUCGUAACUCUUCCAGGACGCUCCAAUUCGAAAGUUUGGACCGAAUUCAUCAGCCGCACGGUCAAGACACUGCACGAUUCAGCGGGAGUGCAUGUUCGCGUCCACCACCAUGGGUCGUCGUCCGAGCUACUCGAGAUUCAGCGACACGUGUCUGUGCUCUUGACAAGCAUAUUUGGAUUGUCCAACAACUUCUCUGCCGAUGAACCCAUCGCGUUUCCAUCAACCAUGGUUUAUGCGAACGCGUCGUGCGAUGUCCCCGCGUAUGUCGGCGGUCCCAACAGCCAUUCGUCCUCGUCGUUUUGUCUUGUGAGCUCGAGGCCAGUCUCGCACAUUGCCACACCCACGCUCUUCGCAUCGCUCGUCCAGCACUUGCCGCAGUCGGAAUCGUUGGUGCAGCGUCAAUUGGCCAAGAUCGGCGGCAUUGAACGAGGCGAUUCCAAGACGUGGCAUCCCCGAGCCAUCCAUUUUUCGCUUGAUAAGAGCUUGUCGAUGCACAUUCAAGAAGUUGUUAUGUCAUCGUCCUCGACGAGCAAACUUGAACCUACAGCAGUCCGCAUCACUUCACAGGCUUUAGCCGAAGAAUCUCACGUCGUCGAGGCAAUCAAACAAGGCGCUGCUUCCAUCGUGGCGGUGACCACAGCAAAGCAAGUGGCCGUUGUGCAGUCGCAUGGCGUGGGUAUUGUUCGUCAAGCAUCGUCUCGGAUGGCCGGCGCAGGAUUCCAUCAAGUGCUGCAGGUGACGGUGGAAGCAGCCGUCCCUACCAAAACCAGUGCAGCAACUUGUGCGGUCCUGGUGACGCAGGUCUUUCCCACAACGGCGUAUGCCGACAUGGACGAGCUCAGGGUACGUCCGUUGUCACCCGCAUCGAAGGCUGCAACACGCAUGCGAUGCUUGAUAUCCUCGUGAUGCAGCGCAUGGAGCGAUUCCACUCGUUCGACCGGGUCGUCUCGUUUGCCAAGCACAUUGAAAUCGAACGCCCGUCCGCCUUGUCCAGCCAGCACGUCGUAUCGUUUGUCGUGUCUCUGCAAAACUCCACGACCACCAUCGAAAUUCCCGUGCAUUUUCGAUAUCAGUUCCCAUCGAACGCAACGCUGUACCGACCAGUGCACCUCAUGGCUCCGUCGUUGCACAUCCACUGUGAGAAGACACCGUCAUCUACGAUUGUGUCCCACCCCGAACUGUCGGGCAAGUCAUGGAGCGCGCUCGUGGUUGAAGACAGUAUGUACUGGACCCGGUAUGCGGAAAGAAGUAGGUCUCAUCAACGACGGGAGGACUGAUGUCGGUGCAGGGUGUCGUUGGAGUCCCCGUUGCAGCCGUUGGAAUUGCACAUUCCAGUAGGCAACUUGAACGACGGAGAGGUCGUCACAGCCAUCACGUUGCUCGUGAGUGUGGGAGGAUGCUUGCUGCUCUUCUUUACGUUGCAAGGGAAAGUGUCAUCAUCUUCGUCGGCACUCCCUUCUUCCACCUGGGUCCCGCGCCGCGCCAAGAAGGACUAGGUAAAUCGACGUUCCAUCCUCGCCAGGGGGAUGUGUGCAGUGGGUGUCAAAAGUUUUCAUUCCUCCAAUGAUAUUUUUGGUCACGUCGAGUACGAACAUAACAUCCUUGAGAAGAACAACACAUU